AUGCGGUACUCAACCUGGCUAAAACCAGUCUACCUAACCAGCUCGCUCCUCCUCUCAGAAACAGCACUCGCCCAGCGAGACCAAAUAGUCCUCGACAACGCACCCAAAAAGAACAUUGUCUUCAUCCUCACCGACGACCAAGAUGCCGUCCUCGACUCGGUGGCAUACAUGCCGCGUCUGAAUAAGCACGUCAUAGACAAGGGAACGUCGUUUGUCAAUCACUUUACAACUACGGCUAUUUGUUGUCCUUCGCGUGUUUCGCUGUGGACGGGGAAGCAGCCGCACAACACGAAUGUAACAGACGUGAGCCCACCCUAUGGCGGGUUCCCUAAGUUUGUCUCCCAAGGCCUCAAUGAAAACUACCUCCCCAUCUGGCUACAAGAAGCUGGAUACAACACAUAUUACACAGGAAAGCUAUUCAACGCACACACAAUCAACAACUACAACUCACCCUUCCCUGCUGGAUGGACUGGAACAAACUUUCUGCUCGAUCCAGGCACGUACUCAUACCUGAACCCCAUCUACCAGCGGAACAGUGAGCCUCCGGUGCAGCAUCAUGGAACUCACACUUUGGACCUGAUUUCCAAGUAUGCACAUGAGCUGCUUGAAGAGGCGAUUAGUUCAGACAAGCCCUUCUUUGUCGCCAUUGCCCCUGUUGCGCCGCAUUCGAAUAUCGAUGUCAACCGGGACAGUGGUCCUCCAACCAUGACCAUCCCGAUCCCGGCUGAGAGACACUCCCACCUCUUUGAAGGAGUUCAGAUCCCUCGAACGGCAAACUUUAACCCUGACUCGCCCAGUGGUGUGAGCUGGAUCCGCCAGCUGUCCCAGCUCAACGAGACGGCCGUCUCGUACCUGGACGACUACUACCGCGCUCGCCUCCAGGCUCUGCAGGGAGUCGACGAGAUCGUGGAGCAGGUCAUCCACCAGCUGGACUCAGCCGGGCUUCUCGACGACACGUACGUCGUGUACAGCUCCGACAACGGGUUCCACCUUGGCCAGCACAGGCUGCCUCCCGGCAAGGAGUGCGGUUUCGACGAGGACAUUCGCGUGCCCCUUUUCGUCCGGGGCCCAGGCGUUGCCGCUGGCGCCGUGGAGACGGCCGUGACGACUCACAUCGACCUCGCCCCGACGCUGCUCAAGCUCGCUGGUGCGCGUCUCCGCAGUGACUUUGACGGGACGCCCAUCCCGGUGCUGCCCGGCCCGGGGACCAGGCGCCACGAGCACGUCGCCGUCGAGUAUUGGGGGAUAGCUCUCGCCGAGGGAGAGAUCGGCGGUUUUGGUAUGCUUGGCUCCUCUCCCCCCUCAGCCCCCUUUCCCCCGUCGUUUCCGGCCGCUGACGAGAUCAUCACAGAUGGAAAGGGACAGAUUCUCAUGCCCAAUAACACGUACAAGGGGGUUAGGAUAGCACAUGAGGACUAUGAUUUAUACUACUCGGCUUGGUGCAGCAAUGAACACGAGCUCUACGAUCUCAAGGCGGAUCCAGGACAGCUGCACAACCUCUUCCCUGAGGAUGAUGACGUGACGGCAGACGUGUCACUCUUAGGAAAGAGUACCCAUCAGGUUAUAGACCGACUUGACGCUCUGAUGCUGGUUCUCAAGUCGUGCAAAGGAGAGUCGUGUAUCGAGCCCUGGAAGAUCCUCCAUCCGGAUGGCGACGUAGCGAGCUUGAAGGACGCCCUGAAGGACAAGUUUGACGAGUUUUACGAACAGCAGGUCAAGGUCAGCUUCGACCGCUGCGAGGAUGGGUAUCUGAUCGAUGCCGAGGGGCCACAGGUCGGUUACCAGUAUCGAGACGGCCUCGAGUGGCAUCACUGGACCUGA